ACGAAUAGCUUGCGGCUUUGUGGCUUUUAUUUUCUUGUCACGGGAAACAUCAGCGACCGCCUUGUACAUUGCGAACUGCGCGGCCACCCACCCUUUCUUCUCUACCUUCCCCCCUCUCUCUCUCUCUCCCGCCGCGGUCAUGCGGACCCUCAGUGCGCUUCUCGCGCUCCCACUGGCGCUGCUGCCCUCGGUCGCACUGGCAGCAGAUCUCAAGAUCGAAGUCACACGACCAGUGGAAUGCACGCGCAAAACAAAAAACGGAGACAAGGUUUCCAUGAUGUACAAGGGCACGCUGGUCGACGGCACCAAGUUCGACUCGAGUUACGAUUCUGGGAGGCCAUUUAGGUUUACGAUUGGAAGGGGCCAGGUGAUCAAGGGCUGGGAUCAAGGGCUGCUAGAUAUGUGUAUUGGAGAGGGCAGGAAGUUGACGAUACCACCGGAACUGGCAUAUGGAAACCACGCCAUCGAUGUCAUUCCAGCCGGAUCGACACUCGUGUUCGAGACCGAGCUUAUGGGCAUCGAUGGCGUUGAGCCAGAACCUGUGAAGACAGAGCAACCAGAUAAACCCACCGAUCCUGCACCAGCGACCACCAGUGCUACGGUUACAGACGACGAAGCGAACGCGAACAACGAAGAAGCUGCGCCCGAGAACGUACACAGGCCCACAUCUGCUGCGCCAGACACGAAGCCUCUGGAGACGGGAGUGCCCGACAAACAAGCCGCUGCACAAGGAAACCCCAUGGAUGGUGAAUCUGGAAAUGGCGAGUGCAAUCUCCUUGGAGACUUUGCCUUGCUAGUACAAGCAGCUCUAGGACUUCUUGCUGUCUCAUCGCUCGCGGUCAAGCGAAUGCGCGAACAUCCCCGCCGACCGCUCAAGAUUUGGUUCUUCGACGUAUCCAAGCAAGUCUUUGGCUCAGCCCUACUCCAUCUCGCAAACAUCCUCAUGUCGAUGCUCUCAUCUGGCAAAUUCGACGUAGCCACCGUCUCACCAGCCACCACACACCUGGUCAGCAAAGACAACGAGGGCGACCAGCCAAACCCAUGUUCAUUUUACCUCUUGAACCUAGCCAUCGACACCACAAUCGGCAUCCCUAUCCUCGUCUUCCUCCUCCGCCUCCUACACAAAGCCUUCUCCCUAACCCCUCUGGCCAAUCCGCCCGAAUCGAUCCGAUCGGGCAACUAUGGCCACCCUCCGCGCGCCACGUGGUGGCUCAAGCAAUCCAUCAUCUACUUCCUCGGCCUCAUCGGCAUGAAACUCUGCGUCCUCGUCCUCUUCGCCCUCGUCCCCUGGAUCGCCUGGAUCGGCGACUGGGCGCUCCGCUGGACAGAAGGCAACACGGCCCUCCAAAUCGCCUUUGUCAUGUUCGUCUUCCCCCUCAUCAUGAACGCCCUGCAGUACUGGAUCAUCGAUAAUUUCAUCAAGGAUCCAGACGCUGAGCCCCCUCAGGAUGCCCGCUAUGGCGUUGUCCGUGAAGACGACGAGGAGGAGGAGACUGAUGGUGAGGAUGAGGCUGAGGCUUGGGACAGGCAAAGGAGGAGGGAGGUCGGCAUUGAUGAGCCGGAGAGUGCAGAUGAGGAGGCUAAGGAGGCUAGGGUUAGGGCGGCUAGGGUUAAGGGUGAGGAGUAUGAUCCUGAGAUUCAUGGGGCGAGUGGAAGUGCGAAGACGAGGACGGAUUGAGCGGGGGGGGGCGGUGGUUAGUGUUGUUAUUGUUGCAGUCUUUUUUUUUUUAAUUUUGGGAAUGGAUGAUUGAGGUGUGUAUGUGGGGUGGAAAGGGUGAAUUGUGGAUAUUUUUCUUAUUGCCUUUUUUUUAACCCUUGGUUCAAAGAGUGCNGGGGGGGGGGAGAGUUUUUAUCAAUCGUUGCAUCUCGUUUUUUUUUAGGGAGGGGGGAAUCCUAUAGAUGGAAAUGGUGGGUUAUUUUCUUCUCGAAGAGUUAUACACAUGGAUAAGUAUACAUAUACAUGUAUCAAAUCACAGGGGUACAAAUUAUAAAUUUCUUGGUAGGUAAAGGGAUUUUUUUUUGUUCAUGGAAAUGGUAUUUAUUU